GCAAUAUCUCGAUGACCUUUGACACCAGGAAGUGAGGGAUGAGCAACAAGCACGGGAAACCAACUGCAGUAUUUUUUAUGUUGAUGAACUACUUCAGUUCCCAGACACUGCAGAAUACAGUCCACACAAUAUCACACUAUCAUGUUUCGUAAAAGUGGGCCUAACUAUCUGAAGCUGAAAACAAAUCUCAGGCUCUGCAUUCAGAGGUUGAAGAUGCUUGAGAAGAAGAAAAGUGAACUUGCUAUGAAAGCUAGAAAGGAAAUUGCAGAUUAUAUAUCAGCAGGUAAAGAAGACAGGGCAAGGAUAAGGGUAGAGCACAUAGUGAGGGAAGACUAUAUGGUGGAAGGGCUGGAAAUCCUGGAGAUGUUCUGUGAUCUGUUGUUGGCAAGAUUUGGACUCAUUGAGAAAAUGAAUGUACUUGACCCAGGCCUUGAGGAAUGUAUAGCUUCCAUCAUAUGGGCAGCCCCCAGAGUGGUGGCAGACAUUGCAGAAUUGGCGCAGGUUGCCCAGCAGCUUACAGCAAAGUAUGGUAAAGAAUAUGCUAUAAUGUGCCAGACAAAUCCUUCUGGAAUAGUCAAUGAAAAGUUGCAGAACAAGCUGUCAAUCUAUGCCCCUCCCAAAAUACUUAUAGAAAACUACAUGCUGGAGAUUGCCAAGGCGUACAAUGUGCCUUUUGAGCCAGAUCCUAUUGCUAUGAUGGGAGAAAUCCCAGCAGUCUCAGAUCUGCUAGACUUAGGGUUUGAUGGACAGCCUGGGGAAGGCAGUCAUGGUGGGGGUGGGGGUGGGGGUGGUAUGGUAUUCCCCCCACAACAUGUUCAGCCUUAUCCCCAGCAAGUGCCACACCAGUACACUCCACUGUCAUACCCGGGGAUGGCAAUGUCUCUUCCAGGUGUGCCUUCAUCAGAACCACAGAAUUUGCCACCAGGUGCCGCCAGUUUACCGUCAAACCCAGACCUACAUCAAGAUGAGAAGCCUCCCUUACCAGCUGGAGACUACAGUAGCAGAGGAGCAUCAAAUUAUCCUGACAAACUAGCCAAACACACAGGGGAUUCUGGAAGAUCAUCUCCAAAGCGAAGUAGUCCCCCACCACCAUAUUACUCGCCUGCUGGUCCAUUUGGCUAUGGUUCAUCAGGGUCACAGCCUGCCCAGCCCCCUGGACCAUAUUCACGGGGAGAAGUUCCUGUUCUUCCUUCACAGCCUCCUGUGGGCUCAGUUCCCAGUCUCCCUUCAGUGCCCCCUGCUGGUUCGUUACCUGUUCUCCCAUCAGUUCCCACUGACCAAGAUGGAGAUGAUGUAGACUUUGAUGACUUAACAAAACGAUUUGAGGAUUUGAAGAAAAAAACAUAGAUGACAGAAAUUUUGUUGAUUGUUCAUGUUCACAUUAUGAUAAGGGCAGUGAUAUGUAUGCACUAGUCAUUUUUAACCAACUGAGAUUGGUGCAAUUUCCUUUUGAACAGAAUAGACUUAGCAACUGAGACUUGGCAACACACAAAAGCUCUGAACACUUUCUCAAAAGUAAAAUUAUCCAUAUUGACAAAAGAGAAUGAUGGCAAGAUUGCUAGCUAUAGAAAAAAAAGAUGAAUAAAAUUUACCAGCCAGUUAUUUUUUUUCUAUAGCUAGAGACAAGAGA